UAUCACCAUUCAUGUCUCGGCCGCCGUUCGAGACACAAGUAUUUAUCUAACUUAACAAAACUCUAUCACUAAAGUGCAUUAACUUUUCUAAAAUCCAACGAAUAACCUUUAGCAAGUUUGAACCCAUCCAAAGAUUGGGCUAUUAAAGCUAUUAAAUAAUCUCUGCGUACCUAAUUCUGUGAUUCCGUAGGAUCAAUAGCCCAAUAGAUCUAAUUUGGAGAAACCCUUAUUAACGACACAUUUGACAGCAUAACAUCAACACCAGUGUACACGAUGAAGUGUCUACUGCUCCUGGCUUUUGUGGCUUCGUGCCAGGGUCUGGCUCUCCAGAAGACGAAGAACCUUCCUCGACCUGAUCUUCUCAUGCUGACGGCCUUGGACCCUCCAGCUUUGGAAGUGGAGUGGGCACCUGUGAAGCAUGAUGAUCCGAGUGAACCUAUCUUGGGAUAUAAGGUCGAAGUUUGGGAGCUACCACCUGUAAAAACAUACAAAUAUGAGGUCGUAGACGGAGUGAAAACACUCGUGCAAAAAGAAAUGCCUCCUAAAAUCGGUGAUUCUGACACACCUCCAGAAAAAGACGCCAGAGAGAUCGUAGUUAGUGGACCACAGGCUUCGAAAACCAAGGUCCCCGACAUCAAACUAAACGUUAUCUAUGAGGUACGCGUCCGUGCGUUCUCGGCGCGUCGCGACGGUCCGCUAUCUACACACAUGCGCGUUCAGCUGAUGGAUGAUAAGAAGAAGGAAGACGACGUUGGAAAUGAGGUUUACCACUUUGUGUAGGAUUAGUGUAGUGAAUUACAUGUAAUAUAUUUACUUAAAGUAUU